GAAGAAUGUUGUCGUCAUGGCGGCGUUUUGGAACUAAUUCUUUGUCUACGUUUAUUUGUGUUCUAGCUAAAUUUGUGUUAUCUAGCUAAAUAAUUACUGUUCGCCUUGAGCAGUUAUUUAGGAGAAUAUUUAAUGUCAUAAUAUUUUAUAAUUGUCACCAAUUGGCGAUUUAAAGGUUUAGUUCUCUGGCUAAACUCUUCUCUUGUUAGCUGAGUAGUUAGUCUUGUUUUUGACAGCUGAAGGUUUCUGACUUCUGGGUCGAUGACCACAGAGGCUCAGAAGGGAUCCCCGGUGAGAGCAGCUUUGGGAAUAAGUAACCCAAUGGAGAAUGGAUCAUGGGUUAAAAAGGACAGUUUAGAUCUUAUCCCUGGACCUCAAACGCAGCUUUUGUUUAAUCUUGCAUUGCCAACCAAUGUCCUGAACCGAGCCACUCGAGUAGGUCCUCCAGGUCCUAUUGUGAUCGAGAAACUUAUGGCUCAGCGGGAGCAUCAGGACACCGGUAUGAGCUGCAGUAGCUCCUUACGUCUUUCUGUUCUAUCUGAGGAUCAACUAGAGGCUGCGGUGAGACUAGCAAAAAAAGACUUGCGUCGAAAACGACAGGAAUCCAUAAAUAGUCAGUCACACAAGACAAGAGCAAAGUCUCCAAGUCCAGAUAAGAAUAAAACUGACCAUCAGCAGAAUGGGCUUUCUCCUGGCGGUAACCAGAGGACAAGAAGUAUAAGGAGGCAGACAAAUUCGAGGACACAGGUACUUGUAUAUACUCCUCAGAAGCUUUUUCCACCCUCUAAGGCUGAACAAGGACAGUCUCCUCCAACCAGAGACCCUGGAUUAAAAGCCACCAGCAGUGAGCCACAGCUUAGCAAAGAGAUCCGCAAAUUACAGAAGGAACUCGAGACUUACGUCCAAAGGAUAGAGCAGCUUGUGAAUAAGGGACGAUUAGUGGCGAGUUUAGAGCCAGAUGAAAAACGCAGGAUUGAGAUCCGCCAGCAGGAGCAGGCUGCUCGCUCUGCACGGAUUAUCUAUGUUUUGCAGCAGCAGGUGAAAGAAAUUCAAGAGGAUUUAGGCAAGUUGCGUUCUCAGAGUGUAAGGACUACCAAUAAGUGCAUUGCAGUGAACAGGUUGGCAGCGGCUCAUCGCGGGGCAGUCCGAGCCAUGCAGGCGUUUAUUCAGCAGCUGUCAGACCCUGCUGAGAGCAGAGUACCUGUCCAGUGUAAAGAGCUGGGUCAGCUCAUACGCCAGCUCUCUCUCUGCUCUGCCAAGGUGGAGGUGGGCAAAGGCUCAGCUGUCCCAGAGACCACACUGGACAUCCUACAAAAGUUAGAAAUGCUGGAUUUGGCACUGAGUAAGCAGGAUAGUCAGCUGGAGCAGGACACACGUAUGCGGAGUAUCUCUCCUGUAAGAGAGAGGACUUCCAGGGUCGGUGGACGCAGCAAGUCCCUUAAUCGUUUUCCUCAGGCCCAGGCUGCCAAAGCCACUCGACGUCCAAAGAAAUCAUCAGCUCCAAGAAAUUACAGAAGAGCAGAAGGCCGACCUUUGAAAACAGGACGUUUCAUGGAUCAAGAGCGCAAGGAUGUUCUAAAGGCUGGGAUCCAGAGCCUAGUGCACAUGCAGGAACUGAGAGAAAGAGAGAGUCAGAGCAAGCCAGAAACGGAUGUCCCUAAAUCAUCUACCCAUCCAGAUAAGUUCAAGCUCUCCGUUCAUGUUCGUGAUGCUGGUUUCCAGCAGCCCACUGUUUCAUCCAAGCUCAGAGAAAGUCAGCUACCACAGAGAGAUGCGGCAGUGCCGUGGAUCCCUACAUCUCCCCAUUCUCCUGUGAAGCAACGCAGAGCUGUGUCCAGCAGACCAGAGCCAAGAUGUCUCUUCUCUCCAGUAAAGAACUCCUCACUUCCCACAGGUGUGCAAGCCAACAGCCAAAGCCAGGGAAACACCAGCACGGACAACGUCAGAGACGCCCCAAACCAGGCCCUCAGGCAAGCCUGGCUGGCUACAAUAACAGAAAAUCAACAGAGAGAACUGAAUCCAGUCAGUAAAGAGGAAAUGGGGGAUGUUCACACACUCAGGGAAGAAUUGGGCACUACUACACAGAGGACUGAGAGAGCAGAGCAAGCAACUAGAGAAAGACACCAACCUCUGCUGGAUCGUGUGAAGACUGCAGUGAGUACAGAUGUGGAGGCCACACUUGGUGCUGCGCAGAAGGUGGAAAGGGAGCAUGACUCAUUUCUGCUGGACCCCGUACUGGACAAUAUGCUACUGCGCAUGGAGGAGAUAGAGAAAGACGAGGAGGAAGUACGGAGGCGUUUUGCUAUGAUUUCUUACUCUGACCCUCUUCUCUGGGACAUGGACACAGGAACCAAGAGAACACAUAACAGCUCCAGACCUGCAUCUCCACAACCCAUAAGACUGACUAAACCAGCUCAGAGUCACUCUGCUACAGGAGACAUUGUCUUACGAAAACCAAUAGAGACAGGUGUAGGGUCUGAAAGCUCCAUGCUGGAUGAGGAACCACCUGAUGCUGUCCCAAGCAGUCUACCCACAGAGCAAGCACAAAAGAAAGGAGGGGUUCGGCUGAAUAUUCCCUGCAGCAUUCAGAAGAACAUCCAGCAGUACAGGAAGGAGUAUGAUUCUUACCUGCGUCUGGUUUCCCAUGCAGCAGUGGGUAGUUUUAACCCCUGGGCUGUAGCAGAAAGUUUGGCUGAGGAGCUGAUGAUGGAGGCCUUGGCUGACGUGGCAGGAGAGUUCCAGGAUGUUUGUGAGGAGUAUGCAGAAGCCAUCUUCACCUCUGAAUUUCUCCAACCGGUUCAGUCUCCUUCUCCAUCUGUGUCACAGAAAUGUGACCAACCGAACCAAUAGACCUUUUCAUUACGAGUGCUUUUUUUUCUUUAGUGCUUUAGGCAGUUGAUCUCAGGAACACACACAGGGUUUUAGCACAGAGGUAAUAAAUGUGAAUCAUGCUUGCCCCACUCGAUAGCCUAAUAUUUUUAGAAAAUCAUUAUCUUAAAUUUCUUCUUCCAUAUAUAACCUAAAUGAGACCCGUGCAGGCUCAAGGAUACUGUUUUUUUAUUUUUUUAAUAUAAUUAUCAUUUCCAAUGUUGGUGUGUAUACAUUGGACUUAAGAGAUAAUUUUGCUUGUCAUGGGUAAUCAAAAAAAAAAGCAAUCGAAAAACAUUUCCAUUAUUGUAUUGAAUGUGCGUAUAAAUAACAUUUUCUAUAAAAUGUGAGAUUGUUUCAUACGUCUUCUUACUGGUGGUAUUUGGGCAACAAAGUUACUCCAAAUGAAUUCUUUCAAGGUUUGAAUAUAUUUAUUUACGCACAUAAUAAUGCCCCAUUUAUGAAUAAAAUAAAGCAUUUUUAUAAGAGUGUAA